AUGAGUAGAGUUGUUCGUGAUAGUAAAUUCCGUAACUUAUAUGGCGAAUGUCUACAAGAUCGCUAUUCAGGUUUACAUGUAAUAACAAGUCGUCAUACAGUAGAUGGUUGUGGUAUUGCUUCUUCAGCUGAAUUUAUAGCAUUUCCUGCAGAAUGUAAUGGUAAUGGGAGCGUUGGAGUGAUUGAGAAUUGCGCAUAUGGUCAUAAACCAAAUGUUGUAUAUUUUAAAGGACAUAAAGCACCUAUAAGUGAUGUUGAAUUUUCUCCUUUUUAUUCAUGCCUAUUAGUAAGUGCCUCUCAAGAUAAAACAAUUAAACUAUGGGAAAUACCUGAACAUUCGGUAUAUAAUAAAUUGAAAGAUCCAUUGGCUAUUUUCAAUGGACAUACAAAAAAAGUGUCUCUUGUGAAAUUUAACCCCUCUGCAGAGUGGAUAUUAGCAUCUGCUAGUAGAGAUAACACAAUUAAGAUUUGGAAUUGUGAAACAACUCAGGAUGAGAUAAAUAUAGGACUACCAGGAACUCCUACUUCUAUAAAGUGGAGCUAUGAUGGUAGUUUAUUAGCAGUUUCUUGUCGUGAUAAGGUAACAAGGAUAAUAGAUUCAAGAAGUGAGAGAAUAGCUUAUCAAUGGAGAAGUCACAAUGGUAAUAGAAAAAGCCGCUGUGAAUGGAUGGGAGGUACAAUGGGUAGUUCUUAUUGGUUAUUAACAACUGGUUUUAGUGAUAAAGGUGAACGGCAGUUUGGAGUAUGGGAUAUUCGAAAUUUAGAUAAAAGUGUUGGAGUUGAAUUUGUUGAUGUUGAACAACCUUCAUUAUUACCAUUUUGGGAUGAAGGGACUGGUUUGUUUUAUUUAGGAGGUAAGGGAGAUACAAAUAUUAAAGUCUAUGAAUAUAGUAGAAAUGAAGGAUCUGUUAGAAGACUAAAUGAGUAUAAAUCUGUAAAUUCACUAAAAGGGUUAUGUCUUGUACCAAAACAAUCAGUAGAUGUUAUGAAAUGUGAAAUUAAUAGAAUUCUUAGAUUAGAAUCUAGGGGUGUUAUACAACCAGUAUCUUUUAUUGUUCCACGGAAGACUAAUGAAUUUUAUCCAGAUUUAUAUCCAGAUAUAUAUGGUUAUGAGCCAGCUAUGGGCCCAGAAGAAUGGAUUAGUGGACAUACAGCAGAACCUCAAAGAAUAAGUCUAAGACCAGAUGUUAUACAAUCUCAUAGUAAUAUGUUUAAAAGAAUGAGAUCCGCUGUUAAAAAUGCUAGAGUAAUAUUAAAGAAAGAUUUGGCUAAGGUUGAGAUGCAGUUACAAUCUGCUCAAGAAGAAUUGUAUACAGUAGAUGCUUUAAAGUUUCAAUUGAAAGAAAAAGAAAAUGAGAUAGCCCAACUAAAAGCAAAGCAGUCGAUUCUAUAA